UGGAAAUCUCGUGUACAAAGAGAAAAAUCAUCAACAUGAAAAUCUUCGUCUUCAUUUUGGUGACUUCAUCUUGUGUCGAGAGUUCGCAAGCGGCGCCGACUCAUCUUAAAGAUGACGUUUGUCAAAAGAUGUGGGACAAUGCUGAAAAUAAUCUGCUGCUUCCUGGAGAAUUAGCAGUCAAUACGGGUAAUUACCCAAACGCCUUGUUCAUGCUGGUGAAAGGAGGAGGAUCCCGAGGAGAAAAAAAACUUCAAAGUCCCGUGUUUACUACAUUCCAUGAUUUAUUAGUGGACUAUCAAGCUGCCCCUUACAAUUUUGAGCAGCAACAUGUAAAGAACUUCAUCUCUGCAGUAACCCAACCAAGCGGACCCGUGGAAGCGGCAUUCAAUUACCUGAAAACUCAAAAGAAAGCACUUCCAUAUGGCGUGAAUACUCUGACAAAGUUUGGAGAGGUCUUAAAAAAAAUGUGGUUCUUAUACAGCCAUGGCUUUAAACAUGUUUUUGUUGGUAAUGAAAGAACGUACGAUUUCAACGGAUUUCACAAUUGGUACCAGUUUUAUACAGAAGAACCUAACUUCCUGAGAGGUUUCUCAUUCACAUGGAGAGGGCUGCAAAAGGGCGCACCAAGCAGCAUGUUUGUUGGAACAAGCCCAGCGUUUGAUUUGGCCUUGUUCACCACUUGCUUCCUUCAAGGACGCGGAGAUGGUGGAGGAGGAUAUCCGUACGACAGAGCAACAACCAACUGUAUGUGUGAAAUAAAUGUACCCGGGAUCGGGAAAAGCAAAGUAAAGGUUACAACCGUCGAGAACAAGUUUGGCGAGGUCGUCUCUGCCUAUCCAACAGACGUAUAUUAG